AUGCUGGAUCUACUGUGCCUGUGUCUACCAUGCUGGAUCUACUACCAUGGCUGGAUCUACUGUGCCUGCUACCAUGGCCUAACUGUGCCUACGUCUGCCAUGGCUGGAUCUACUGUGCCUGUGUCUGCCAUGGCUGGUGGAUCUACCUAUGUCUGCCAUGGCUGGUGGUCUACUGUGCCUAUGGCUGGUGGAUCUACUGGGCCUAUGUCUGCCAUGGCUGGAUCCACAAUGCCAGCAUCUAACAUGCUUACGCCUUCCGAUUCUGUAUCUAAUAUAACAUCUACCAUGGCUACAUCUACCAUGCGUACAUCUAUCAAGUCUACAUCAACAUCCACCACAUCUACAUCUACAACGUCUACAGCUACCACAACUUCAAUUACAUCUACCACGUCCACAUCUGCCACAUCUACAUCUACUGUGUCUACAACUACCACAUCUACAACGUCCACAUCUACCACGUCUACAACUACAUCUACAAUGUCCCCAUCACAACACUACACUUCCACAUCUACAUCUACAACGUCCACAUCUACCACGUCUACAACUACAUCUACCACGUCUAUAACCACCACAUCCACAUCUACAACUACCACAUCUACAUCUACCACAGGUGCAAUUACAUCUACCACAUCUACAAUUACCACAACCACAUCUACCUCGUCUACAUCUACCACAUCUACAUCUGCCUCGUCUAGAACUACCACAUCUACAAUCUCCACAUUCACAUCUACCACGUCCACAUCUUCCACGUCAACAUCAGCAACAUCUACAACUACUAAAUCAACAUCUACAACUACUACAUCAUCUACCACAGCUACAGCCCCCACCACAAUUUCCUCUACCACAGCAGCCACCGAUCAACCCAAGCCUGUGCUUUCCAACUUACUCGGAACCAUAUCUACGUCUACCACAAAAUCUACUUCUACGACCCUCACUUCAACCGCCACAGCCACGCUCACUUCGCCAACCACUACGACAACACCUCGAGUUAGCACAACAUCUACUUCUACCACGCCAUCUACAACAAUUACAAUUCCUACGUCUUCAUCAUCUACAUCGGCUUCUACUACUACGUCUACAUCAACCAAGCUUUUAUCUACCACUUCAACUACAUCCAGUACCAUAAUCACUUCGUCUACUACUACUUCUAUUUCUACUACAUCGACAUCAAUCACUACAUCUACAUCAACCACAAUUUCUACAUCAACAACGCUUGGUACAGUGAAUGUUGCUCGUGUAUAA